AUGGCCACCCUCACGACACGCCCCGACCUCCUCCUCGUCGCUCUGAGAAGGUCCCGCCCUAGGACGCUUCGCGCCCGCGCCGCCGCCGCACCACGCGUCUGCGGCGCUCCCGUGCCAACGCGGGCCACGCGGCCGCGGCGCGUCUUCCUCGGCCUCGGCGUCGCAUUUGUCGACCAGCUCGCCUCCAUGGCCCCGAGCGGCGCCCCGUCCCGCUCGUUCGUGGCCGCGGCGCGGCCAAGGCAGGGGGUCUCCCCGGUCGAAGAGAUUUUGAAGAACGUGGAGUGGCCGGACGAGUUCCCUUUCAAGCCCGACGACUUCAGCCGCUUCGACGAAUCAUCGGAUGCCGAGUUCUACUCAGCUCCCCGUUUCGUCACGCACAUUGAUGACCAAGCCAUCAGGGCUCUCGCACAAUACUACUUGACAUAG